AUGGGAAGAUUAGACAUUUUAAGAUACUUGGUGGAAUCGUUUACCUUUAAACCAAUGAAAUCAUUCUCAAAUUCACCAGAUUUAUUGUAUAUUGCUGCUUCUCGAGCGAAAUUAGAUAUCAUGUAUUAUCUUGUCGAACAUUGUCAACCAAUCAAAUGGGCAUAUCAAUACGCUAGACAUGCAGCAUCACUCUCUGGAGAUAUCAAAGUAUUGGAAUACGCUUGUAAACUAUUCAAUGAAAAUAAAAAUAGUUUUACCUAUAGUUCAACUUACAAUCCAUUCAAUGGUGCUGCAUCUAAAGGUGACUUGCAGAUGAUCAAAUGGUUGGAAAUCAAUUGUAUUGAUGACUUGAGUAAUUCGAGAAUGUGUGAAUAUGCAGUCAGAAAUGGUCAUAUAAAUGUAGUUCAAUAUCUUUUGAAUCACGAAAAUAUUGAAAUAAGUCAAGGCGAUAGAGGUAGAUCUGCAGGUUCAUUGUUUGAUAUCGCUGCUACGGCCAAUCAAUUUGAAAUGGUACAGUUUCUUUAUAACAAUAAUAUAAGAGAGGCUGACUAUUUUUCAGUGGAUUCCAUUAUCUAUAAAGGGAGUUUGGAAAAGAUAAUAUGGUUUCACGAACAUGGCUAUCGAAAUAUAACAGAAAGAGCGAUGGAUUAUGCAGCCAUGAGCGGAAGUUUUGAUAUCUUGGAGUGGUUGUUCAAAAAUAAUGGUGGCGCAGGUUUAACUACUGAUGCAAUGGAUGACGCUGCAGCGUAUAAUCGCUUCGAUGUCUUGAAAUGGCUCCAUCGAAAUACAACCCAAGGAAUGACAACCGAUGGAUUCGAUCAAGCAGUUGUCAAUGGUCAUAAGGGUAUCGCCAAAUGGCUGAACCUCAAUAGAACAGAAGGAUGUACAGCUGAUGCAUAUAAAUACGCUGUCGAGUUGAAUGAUUUAGAAUUCCUAAUAUGGCUGCACAACAGUAAGAGUACCACCGAAAGAUACACAAUCGAUGCUAUUUCAAAAGGAGUUGAAAUAGGUAAUUUGGAGAUUGUUAAAUGGUUGAUAGAGAACUACAGUAAUGACGAAUCAUAUGAUUCAACAAUUCUAAUCAAUGAGGCAAUUGAUAGCAAUCAUUUUCAUUUGGUAGAAUGGCUCUAUGAUGAUCGUGUAUCUGCGAAAUUCGAUCAUAUGUCUCUUAACAAAGCAAUCGAAACUGGAAAUCGUGAUAUGAUAAAAUGGAUAAACGAUAGAAGAGCUAUUGGUCAACUUGAAUGGUUAUUUGACAACCUAACAACAAUGACCUAUAGUUUCAUCAAGGAAUUUGAAACAUUCCUUAACAAAACAUUUAACCCAGGUAAUCGUGAUGAAAUUGUAUUCAAUAGAUUGAUAUUCAAUCAUGUAUAUAGUUUAGAUAGUGAUAGAAAAAAGUAUAGGUGGAAUGAUCUCAUUGUUAAACCAGAGGUUUUGGCUGGUCAUGGCUAUGUUGACCUCCUAAUAGAAUAUUUCAGCAAAGUUGAUGUAUCUGCCUUUGCUAGACUACAGACCUUUGAUAUUCAUGAUAUCAUGCUAAAUGCAAUCAAAAACGGUGUAAAUACUCUUGCGAUUAUCAAAUACUUUGUAAAUGCACUUGGUAACGAUUUUAAUCGGUUCAGUCAAAAAGACUACAAUCUAAUGUUGGACUGUGCAGAGCAUGGUAGAUUGGAGAUAAUACAGUAUCUCGAAACACUACCGCGCAUAAAGUGGAACUUUAUCGAUGCGAUGUGCGUUGCACCGCUCUCGAAUGACAUGAACAUUCUGCAGUAUGUCUCCUCGAAAAUAGACCAAAAAGAAUACACCAACUAUAAACAUUCACCUUUUCUCAAUGUUUUUGAUAACGCUGCUUAUAUUGGUCGUGUCGAUAUGAUUGAAUGGCUGGCAGUGAACCGUUCUGAACAGAGAGUUCCAAAUCAAAUGUACAUGUUUGCCGUCAUCGGCAACCACAUACCGGUUCUGGAGUACUUGAAGCGUGAGAAUAAAGAUUCAUACAAUUAUACGAAUGAAAAAAUAAUGGAUAUCGCAGCGAAACACAACAGUUUCGAAGCUCUCCAGUGGCUUCAUAGAAAUGGUAUUGGCGAGUGUUCUAGUCGUGCAAUGGAUUGGAGUGCUGCAAAAGGUCAUCUAAGGAUCAUACAGUGGCUUCACGCCAAUCGCACAGAAGGCUGUAAAGAUGCUGCUAACAUAGCAGCAAAAGCCGGUUUCUUAGAUGUCAUUCAAUAUUUGCAUCAUAACAACAUGAAGGGAUUCGAUACGAAGACAAUGAAUAACAGUGCAGCUAAUAAUCAUCUUUCAAUAGUUAAGUUCUUACAUCAUAAUCGUAGUGAAGGUUGUACUACCGACGCACUUGAUCAAGCUGCUGGUUACGGUUUCACGGACGUGGUAAAGUUCCUCCAUUUCAAUCGUAGUGAAGGUUGUACAAAGGAUGCUACUAUAAUUGCAGCUGGUAAUGGAUUCUUGGGUAUCGUUGAGUUUCUAUUGGUGAAUAGACCUGGUGAGGCUCGUAUAUUUAAAAUAGUAGAAAGAGCAAUCGAAAAGAACCGUUUGGAAGUAGUUAAAUGGAUAAUAGAAAAUAGAAGUGAAUGUACUGCACAACAAGCAUUAGAGUUUGUAAUUGAACCAAAUGGUCAUAUUUAUGAAUAUUUACAAAGUGUUAUAAAUAAUACUACAAAAAACAACCAAAUAACCAAAAAAGAAGGAGAAGAAAAAGAAAAAGUUGACGGUGAUGAUGGUGAAGAACAAAUACUGAAAAAAUAA